CUGCUGUUGCUGCUGCUGCUGCUGCGCGCUCUGAGCUGCCGCUGCAGCGGCUGCUGCCGCCGCAGCUGCAGCCGUGGCAAAGAAGCAGGCUGCCGGCGGCAGGAAGGGCUGCUGGGGCUGCGGCUGGGGCUGCUGGCCGGCGCCGCCGCUCUCCAUCUUGGCAGAGCUUUCCAUGCGCAGCGGCGGCCAAGGAGUCGCAGGAUCAGAGUGAGCCCGGAUGCAAGGUGCGGGGUUAAAACCCUUCGCUCCACGUUUGUUCAGGUUGCAAACCUAUCUGCCACUGCAGCCCAGACUCAGAGACCUCACUUCCCGGGGAGCCAGCAUGUCGGCUGUGGUCCUGGAGACGCAAGGCAUGGGCAGAAAAUUCUCCGACUUUGGACAGGAAACAAGCUACAUUGAAGACAACUCCAUUCAAAAUGGCUCCAUAUCACUGAUUUUCUCGCUCAAAGAAGAAGUUGGUGCACUGGCCAAAGUCUUGCGCUUAUUUGAGGAGAAUGACAUAAACCUGACCCACAUCGAGUCCAGACCUUCUCGACUAAACAAGGACGAGUAUGAAUUUUUCACCCACCUGGAUAAACGCAGCAUGCCUGCCCUGACCAGCAUCAUCAAGAUCCUGAGGCAUGACAUUGGUGCCACUGUCCACCAGCUCUCCCGAGAUAAGAAGAAAGACACUGUGCCCUGGUUCCCAAGGACCAUCCAAGAGCUUGACAGGUUUGCCAAUCAGAUUCUGAGCUAUGGCGCUGAACUGGAUGCCGACCACCCGGGUUUUAAAGAUCCUGUGUACCGAGCAAGAAGAAAGCAGUUUGCUGACAUUGCCUACAACUACCGCCAUGGGCAGCCCAUCCCUCGGGUGGAAUACACGGAGGAAGAGAAGAACACGUGGGGGACGGUGUUCAGGACCCUGAAGUCCUUGUAUAAAACCCACGCUUGCUAUGAGUACAAUCACAUUUUCCCUCUGCUGGAAAAGUACUGUGGCUUCCGUGAAGACAACAUUCCCCAGCUGGAAGAUGUCUCUCAGUUCCUGCAGAGUUGUACUGGCUUCCGCCUCCGACCAGUGGCUGGCCUGCUGUCUUCCCGAGAUUUCUUGAAUGGCCUGGCCUUCCGCGUGUUCCACUGCACACAGUACAUCAGACACGGAUCCAAGCCCAUGUACACCCCUGAACCUGACAUCUGUCAUGAGCUCUUGGGACAUGUGCCCUUGUUUUCAGAUCGCAGCUUUGCCCAAUUUUCCCAGGAAAUUGGCCUGGCCUCUUUGGGUGCUCCUGAUGAGUACAUCGAGAAACUCGCCACCAUUUACUGGUUCACCGUGGAGUUUGGGCUCUGCAAGCAAGGGGAUUCCAUAAAGGCAUAUGGUGCUGGGCUCCUGUCAUCCUUUGGUGAAUUACAGUACUGCUUAUCUGACAAGCCGAAACUCCUCCCCCUGGAGUUGGAGACGACAGCGACUCAGACAUACAAGGUCACAGAGUUCCAGCCCCUGUAUUACGUGGCUGAGAGUUUCAGUGAUGCCAAGGAGAAAGUGAGGAACUUUGCUGCCACAAUCCCUCGACCCUUCUCAGUUCGUUACGACCCCUACACCCAGAGGAUCGAGGUCUUGGACAACACCCAGCAGAUUAAGAUUUUGGCGGACUCCAUCAACAGUGAAGUUGGAAUCCUUUGCAAUGCCCUCCAGAAAAUAAAGUGA